CUGAGCUGCAGCUGUCUUCUUGGUCAUCACUUUCUUCAUCACUUUCCUCAUCACGUUCGACAAGUAGCUCGGCAACGCCGUCAGGAUGUGCUUCCGCGAUCCAAUCGCACCAAAAUAUAAGUGACAGAGAAACAUCGACAAAUUUGGAUGACUCAAAUGCACACAUGGUGUGAACGGAUCAGCUCUUCUCCAAUUAUUUUGUCCAUUCAUGACAAAUAAAGAUUGAGAUUUUUAUCACUAUCGGGUAAGUCACUAUUUUUUUUUCAUCUGACUUUUUCUGCCUAAAGGUUUGGCUAAUAUAGUGAAUAAUUAAUUUGAGAUGAUUCAUGGAGAGUUGAUUAAUAACCAAGAUAUAAUUUUUUUUAUUGUUUAGGCACUAGUUUUGACAGUUUUCAUAGUAGGCUCUGCUUUUCAAACAAUAUCUUUCAUGACAAUGAUUUUCAGAAGCAGCGUUAGCCACCUAGCCAUACCAUAGAUUUCUCUGAUACAACAUUUCCUAAGUCAAAGACGUAAGCUUAGCUCGAAGACAAAAAAAAUCAGUCAAAAAUUUCUUUUCACCAUUUCUGCCAUAUUUUGUCGACUGUAUUUUUAUUCGAAGCUUUUUUAAAUUUGUUUCUCACAUUCUCUAUUAUUUUCAGAUGGCCUGUAAAUUAGCGAUUUAAAUGUAGUGCAUGUAUAUUCUAUUAAGCAUUAAGUAAAAAUUGCAGGGGUUCGCAUAGUUAUUUCUUUGUAAUUCUACAUGCCUAUGUUGGGAAUCCCCUAUUUACAUAAUUUCUUCUGAGGUAUAAAAUUUCACACCAUGUUUCAAGUCGAAUGAUCAGCUUUGGUAGCCGUGAUUCUCUUGAUAAACUCUGUCAGCAGAAGUUGAAGCUACUUGAGUAAAGCUUCGUAGCAAGAACUAUGCCUCUUGUUGCAAUCGCUUUAUCUGAUUUCAAAAAAACUUCUGACGCUGAGCUAUCAGUAGAAGAACACGAUUUACUGAACGUUGUUGGCAAAAAUGAUGAAAACUGGUGGAAGGUAAGCAAUCGGUAUGGAGAAACUGGAUUGGUGCCUGUAAAUAACUUGGCAGCGCCUGUUACUGACGAAGCCAUCAAGAUCAAAUCUCGAGGGAAAACGUUGAUUAGAUAUGACAGCGAAUACGAAGAUGCGUUGUCAGUUUAUAAAGGACAAGAAGUGGCGAUUUUUGAUAAAAGUGAUGAUGAUUGGUGGUAUGUUGGAUUCCGAGGUCAGUUUGGCUACUUGCCUAAAAAUAUUAUAGCAGAAUUCGAGCCACCUAACGGAAACGGCAAUCGAGAUUUGCAAAAGUUUAAAUUCCAAGUAAUAGUGCCUUCAAGAGCUUGUUGUAAAGAAGAAACUGAUGUCCUUGCCACAUUUCAAAACCGUCUUCUAAGCAAGGGGCAAUAUUUUGUCAACUUUAAAGGAAAUCAGAGUGACUUAACGGUUUAUGGUGAAUUUCUCAAUGAUUUCACAUUGAAAUUCACCACACCAACAACUUCUCAUGCAGAAAAAACAAAAGUGACAAUUCAUCAUAAGCGAUUCGGAUUCCCCCAGCAGCUAAUUGCUAAAGGAAUUGAUUUUGAGUUCGAAUCUAAUACAGAUGUCACUUAUCGCCUUCUAAAGACAGAGGAUGCUCCCUUGGAUUUUCUUCAACAUGUACUUGAAAUCUUCAACCCUAAAUAUGAAGACUUAAAGGACGUCAAGAGCGAGAAUAAUCCUGUUUACGAUUACGCAACUGUUCGAUCAUGGAAAAACAUGGAAGAUUGUUACGAUAAAUACAUUGUCAAUAAUUAUCAGUAUACUUUCAUGGAUAUUGGCAAAGAAAAGGAUGAAGGCAAUUGUGUCGUUUCAGACACAAAUGCCGAUGAUGAGAGCAAGAAAGGAGGCUUUAAUGUUAACCAAAGAAUGUCAGAGGAAGAGGUUCUGCUUGCUCUUCUUGCAAAGUUUGUGAAAGCACAACAAAUAACACAAAAGCUGGCACAGCAAAUAGCGGACACAUUUUACCUUAAGACGGCAGACGACGAACCAGUUUAUGAAGCUAUUAAAGAUGAUGGUAAUAAUGAUUUCAAUGAUGAUGAAUGGGUUAAAAACUAUCUCGACGAUGAUUACAACAUUCGAGACGAGAUCCAUAACAAAUUAAAAGAAGUCUCGUGGUUUGGUGGAUCCCUUGGUAUUGUAAAUAAAUAUAAAAACAAAGAGUUGCCAUACGAACAUUUGUAUGUCACAGUUGAUAACAAAGAAAAAAAACCAGAAGAUAUUUUGAGAAAUGAGAUCGAUGAAAAGCUUGGAUUGCAAACAUCAAAGUUUAUUGAAUUCGAAUACAAACGACUAAAACCAAAUUUUCGAUAUAAAUCAAACCUCCGUGCCGAGGAUUGUACCUUACCCAUAAAUGGUGACAUACAGAUUCAGAGUUACGAUAGUUCUCAAAAUAACGAUAGCCCUAACAGUAAUAGCUCUCGCAAUGAUAGUUCUCAAAUGAACAAUAUUUCUUGCAGCUCUCUGACAAUGUUCUGUCUUAAGAAUGAAAACUUUUAUGCCUUGACAUGUGCACAUGUUGCUUGUGUUACAGAUAAACUUUCAUUGACACAAACAUUUGGUGAGGAAAAUGAGGUUAUGAUGAUUAUGGAUAACGUUAAUGCCAGAAAUAAAAACGAUGGUAACAAGUAUUUCUACCAGCUCCUCAACUCUGACGAGAAAAGACAACUCGGGAGUUUUCCCUGCAACACUGUUAGUAAGUUUAACAGUGAAUCUGAUAUAAUGUAUAUUCCAAUUGGAAAGAAAGAAGAUUUUCAUCGUCUGGGUGGAGAUGCAAUGGAUAAUAUUGUUUUGAACUUAAAUGAAACAAAUGAAGAGCUUUACAAAACAGCAAAGAACAAUAAAGGUGUUGUGGAAGUUCGUACAAGUCAUGACACCACUGGUGUUAUCAGUGAACGAAAUUUUUCGUAAAUUAACGCGAAAAUGACACCUAUUUUCAAAAAUGCUGUGAAGGUACAAAGUAGGGAUUCUUUUUUGCAGAAUGGUGAUUCUGGAAGGCUUGUUUAUUUCAAAGAUUGGGCAAAUAAGUGGCGGCCAUUUGCUUAUGCAGUUUGCGAAAUAGAUGAUGAUAUUGAAAAUGCCGAGAAAUACUGUUUGUGCUUAAAAUUAGAUAAAGCUUUAAAGAUGCUUGAUCUAGAGGAUUGUGAACUUUUUGGAAAGAAUCUUAGUUCCUCUCAUGAAAAAUUAAUGUCUAAUUAAGUGUUAGCAAACAAUAUUUAAUCAAAUAUUGCGUGACAGUGGUGACUUGUAGUGGAUCCGUAAACUAUAUCACGCAUGUAUAGCCAAUAAUUUAACAAGUGUAUUAUUAUCAUUCUAAUUUGUACAUCUAUAUUUAAGAUUACGUACGAUUGUGCGUAUUCAAUAUAUAUAUAUAAUUAUGAUUAUAAUGUCAGUGCUUACCAGUGCGUCCAUAUUUUGUAAUUUAAUUGACUAACCAGACGUAUUACUUAUUGUAUAAGCAUGUUUCUUAAUGAUAUAAAUUGUUCAAACUAUUGAACCUUA